GAGUCAGUUGGUCUACGUCAGGUCGCGGGAAUAGCUCCACAACCCUCCACCAAAUAUAAAGGCAUUACUUCACCAGCGGCCGCCUCUCAGGGAAGGAGGCCGUCCGUAUACCUUUCUCCACCCAAACACUCCUACGCUCGAGUCCCUCGAAUACAGUCCUUUGUAGUGUUAUCGUGUGUGUGACCUUGGGAUACCGUCGAUUCCUCCUUACCGCCGGACUAACUUCGAGGAGACCAGCAGCAAAGAAGGACCACGGUGAGUGGAGGAUCGAGGAGGCGGCGAAGAUUCGAAAUACGACGGUUUACUUGAAAGCAGAGUGACUACCGUGGGCAAAGUGUAAUGGGUCACUCACGCCGGCGACUCAAGUUCCAUCGCAGCGGUCAGGGGUGUGAUUUCGGCGGUCUUGGCGAGAUGGUGUGCGAAAACAGACGCCUGCGCUCUUUGCUGGUGAGCCGAAGGGGGGGAUUUCUGGAGGACUCCUUCUUCAGGGACGCCUGGGGGGACUACAACAACGCCGUCAGGAGAAUCGUCGAUAGGUUCAACCAUGGCAUGUUUACGCCCACGGAACGGCUUCGGGACUCCCACUACCACUCCAUGUACCGAACGCUCAGAUCAGCCCGCAUCAACUACGCUGCCCAGGCGGCUCGCUUCAAGGAUGAAGGAAACCAUUACAAGCUGGUGAUGGACGUGUGGGAGUUUCUAGGUGGUGAGAUCACAGUUAGGACCGCGGGAGGAACUCUGUCUGUGAGAGGGCGUCUCGAGUCGGACGUGGGCGGCGAGGGAGACUCCGCCUACUCGGGCAUCUCUAGCAGGGCUUCGUCGUCCUCGGCUCGCACGCUUCAUCGCAGAUUCAACCUUCCCCCGGACGCCGACGGGGAGAAAGUCCAGUCGACGCUCUCCAGGGACUCCGUGCUGACCGUCACUAUUGGCAAAAGGACAGACGUGCGAGUCAUUCCAGUCACGGUGGAGGGGGACACGCCCCCGCCGCCGACGUCAGCCUCAGCGUCCGUUUCCGGGAGGAGUGCCACGAAGAGGCACUCGGCUACUUACCCCGAGCCCGGCCCCACUCCCAGUAAGAGGAGCCAGGAGAACCAUGAGGGCGCGAGAGACAGGAGCACCAGCAGGACUCGGGAGCCCUUUGGAAUGAGGAGGCGAGAAACAGACCAAGAUCAAAGAACAACCGAGACAGAGACCUCCAGGCUAACGAGGUUGGACGAUGACGUCAUCCACAGGCACCAGAGAAACAGCAGGAGAGGCAGCGACCUCUUCACGGGCGCGAGCGAUAACCUGAGAGGGAGUGAGGAGAAUCGUAGGAAGAGUUACCCCGACAGUUCCUCGCGAAGGGCGGCUGCUGAGGACAUCAGCAGAAAGUACCUUAACAAAUCCAACAACAAUAACAGCGACGAAAAUGGGAGCAAGAGACGAACGAGAGAAACUGUCGAGGAGGAAGAAUCGCAGCCUAGUCAGAGAACUCGAAGGAGAACGAAUAAAUACGAGGAGGCAAAAGAAUUCCACAUCCCGAUACGACUUGAGAAUCCUUCCGGCGACUCGGACACAGUCUUCCCUUACUCGUCCUCAUCCUCCUCCUCCCAGUCAUCAUCAGCUGUUUCCUCCAGCGUGGGCAAAGGCGCUUCCGCGGUGUGUACCGAAAAGUCGGAGUCGCAAAGUGCACCCUCAAGAAAUGCCAAAGACCCUGAUGGCGGAGUCCCCUUUUCAUCAUCGCUCAUUACGAAAAUGAACAGGGACAAAAAGAAGGCCUCCGAGAAGGAAGAAAUCUCGCAUCUCUCACCCAAAGAUACGUCCAACAUUCGAAAAAAUCUGAUGAAUGAGAAGGAAAACAUUAAGCCGACAAAGGAUGAUUCCCAGUGGGUUUAUUCUAAAUGUUAUGAAAGCGAUUCUACAAAGAACGACACAACAGAAAAACAACCUCUGACAGCAAACAAAGAAACUGCAACUGCAACAAAACCGGCAGGCGAGAGAAAAAGAUACUAUUUUGGAGACAUGGCCCUUGCAACCUCCAACAACAACGAUGUCGAAGUGCGCCUGACCUCACCAGGAGGCACUUCGAUACCCAAGACAGAAACUGAACCCAAAGGACACCGUCAACAAGAACAACCGAAAUCUGACGCACAUAACAAUGAGCAGAAGACAGACGACACCAGCAGCAUAAAAAAGGACGCCACUGUGGAAAAGGAAUCCAAUUUACCCGCCAAAGACUACUUGAGAACAGAAUCGCAAGAAUCAGACUUGGUAGAAAAUGGCAGAAAAUCCCCAUUGGAAGGACGAGAGGUCACUGUCGAAAAGAAGCAAUCUGACAUGGAAGGGGACAUGUUCAAGGACUGCUGGCAGAACUUCAGCAGUACUCUGCAAGAAGUUCUUUCCAGACUGCAAGAACUGUCGUCGGAAUUAGGGCCUGCUGCCCGAAGUCAGGGAACCUCGUCAUCCUCGUCGUCUCCUCCAUCCCCUCCGAAGUCAGCCGAGACAGCGAACAACGACAAGGCGCCCAGGAGGGAUGCUGAGAAUGGAGAGAUAAGUGAACGUCAUACCCAUGGUUCCACCGACGGCGGCAGCGAUGGGUGGGUGGGCGGUGGGGAGAAGAAGACUACAAGGGCUGAGGGCAGAGCAAGGCGAACCCCACCCACUCCUCUCCCGUCGGCAUGUGCAAGAUCGGUGUCGCCAGCAAGGUCGCGUCGUGCUGACGACGACUUCAUCGAACGUCAGACCAACGAGAGUGGGGCGAGGUACAUGGACGACUUCGUUGGGAGCAAGGGUGGCGGAGCUGCGACGCCCGCUGUGAAGGUGGCGUCCGAUGGGCGUCGUCUACGAAAGGAGGAGGAAGAGGAGGAAGAAAAGGAGAACGGAGAAGAUGAAGAAGAAGAGGAAGAAAGAAAAGAAGAAGAAGAAGAGGAUGAGGAUGCUGAUGAAGAGGAGGAAGAGGAGGAGGAGGAGGAGGAUGAAGAUGAAGAAGAAGAAGAAGAAGAAGACAGUGAUGAGGGUGAAGAUGAAAUCGAAAAGGAGAAUGAAGACGUAGACACUCCAUUAACGCAACAGGUGAGUACUAGCCAAGACAAGGCCAAGAGUGGCACCGGUGUGCCACAUCGAAGCAGUGGCGAUAGCGAUGGUGUAGGUGCCGGUGGUGUCCACCAAACGAGCGGAGCCAAAGCCAGAGAGCCAAUGGUCGCCACCGGAAGUGUACCACCACCGAAAGCCGUGUCCCCGAAGAGCAUGAGUGACCCCAAGAGGCACACCAUCCCAAUGGAUUACGUUACCGAAGACGCCGCUCAUCAAAGUGCUUUUGAAAGACCAUCUUCGAGCCUACCUAGAAAUGGCACUCUUUUUGACCCCGGCAAUUCUUCCUCGGUGCCCAGGCAACGUCCGACGAGUCUCAAUCUCUCUCAGGGGGGCUUCCUUCUGCGUGACCUGCGAAGCAACAGCCCCUCAGAUGCACUGAAAAACCACUUCCUGAGUCACAUGACCUCUCCCGUCGAACGCACUUCUGCAUCUUCUGGCGGCGACCAAGACGUCCAUUACAUCCCCGUAGAGUUGGAGGCGGGAAGGAGAGUGACCCUGGUGGGUGGUGAAGGUAAGAAGAGAAAAAGUGGCGGCGGGGAGGAGAAAGAGGAGAAGAAGAAACCGCCACUCUCGUCGUCCUCCGUCGCCGCCUCAGUGCCUCGCACACCUGCUCCUACCUUGCCCCUGUGCGAACGCAGGGGGAGAGAUAUCGAAAGUUUAGUGAUUGUGGAGGACGAUCGCUCCAGUAACGGGUCUAGUCAAGUGAGCUCGAGUGCCCCAUCUGAGGAGAACAGGAGCGAAACGACCCCAUACAGUGACAUUUCCAAUCAGUGGACAGGUAACAGCAACAGUUGCAAGAACAUUGAGACUAUUUCUGGCAACUCAGGCACUGCACAACAGACCGCUGGACUGGGGUCGUUCCAGCACCGCCAACACUCUUCCAGCGACCAGCAAGCGACAGGGCCACGAUUACUACCCGGUUCUUACACCACCGAAGGCUCAGGUGACAGGCGGCCGGGAGAUCAAGCAAUUAGUAAGAGGGGCGGGUCUGGUGAGUCGACGAGGGCCUUCCCUCAAGUUCCUUCUUCCUCUUCUGCAGCAUCUCUCUCGGAGUCCGAGCCCGACGUUGACGCCAUUAUCAGUCAAGCCGAAAAAGUCAUCCAAGAAACGAAGCGAUUAUCGGCCUGCGUGACUAACGACCUGCCGGUCGAGAAUGACCUAGGCAGGGAGAAAUACCAAGCAGGGAGAGGAAAAGGGAGUGAGUCGUUGCAGCCUUCAGGAUUUAAUUUGGCUCCGAAUAUCGCUACCAGGAUUUCACCAGAAUCCAAUUUUGUUGAAGUGUUGGAAGACGACAGCAGCGAGGAAGAAGAAGAAGAAGAAGAAGAAGAAGAAGAAGAGGAGGAGGAGGAUACUGAUGAAUAUGACGAUAAGAAGGAGGAGCAAAGAGAACGUAGGCGUAAAGAGGAGGAAUCCUCUGUGGUGGAGGGUUGCCUUUCAAUACCUCUACCUGGACUAGCGAGGCGUCCACAGCAACCUCGAAUCUCCUCUCCACUUGACCUCCACACCGCCGCCGCCGCCCCUCCUUCCGCCCCAGGUCAGGCCGAACGUCGAGACAGCGUCAUCAUUGAGCCCCUUGACGACGAUAGUGAUGACGUCAUUUCGUGUGAGGAAGUUCGCCCCACAAUAGUAACUAGUCCAGAAAUACAGAGUAGUGACGUCAUGGGCUGCGCAACGGAGGGUGGGAGGCGAGGGGAAGGAGGAGGAGGAGGGGGAAGGGUUGCAUUCCCCCGGGACGUGCCACCUUCGCAAACACUGUCACACGAGACUCGGUCCAACCGAGCGACGCGGCUCGGCGGUGGUGGUGGUGCAGCGGCUGCUCCCGCCCUCGACAGUAGUAUGGGCGGCGUGUUUACAAGGGGCCGCACCCACGACUCCUCCGCUGCCCGACCCACGCCCGCCCAAAAUGUCAGCAGUAGUGCCUCAGGGAAUCGAACAAAGGUUGCGUCACCUGCGCCGCCCUCGCCCACGACGCCACGAUUGCGAGAGAGGACCCUUUCGUCGAGUGAGGAACCCCCCCUGCCGCCCUACGUCAGGCAGAAGCCAGAGCAAACCAAGAGAUACAGUGGAUUCGGCCACGUUCAGUUGGACAAUGUGCGAAAAAUGCGUGACGUUUGGGGGUCCCGUCAGGAACCGUCACCCACACCAACCCCCAGAAGUCGAGCGCCCGCCGCCAGUCCCCCUCCGAUCCCCAGGAGGAGAGAGGCGACGCAGUCACCGAGGCGGGGACCCGAUUCCCCCAGGCGAUUCUCCUCCGAUUCUCCCAGACAAAGAGUUCCUUCUCCCGCCCGAGUGCCGCCUGAAUCCCCCCGAAGAUACCACGACUAUUCCCCCAAAAGAAGCGCGGAUGCCUUUUCCUCCUCGAGAAGAGGCUCUGAUUCCCCAAAGCGAGUGCCGGACCCGCCUAAACGAGGACCCGAUUCCCCCAAACGAGGUCCUGAUUCCCCAAAGAGAUCGUUCUUCUCGAGGGAUUCCCCGUCGCGCGAUUCUGGCAGGUCCACCAAGAGCAACGUCGCCAACAACACCAACUUCUACAGCUCCACCAUCAGCAGCCGGAACAAAGUCAACCCGUCCUCGAGGAGAGGCAGCACCUCCUCUACCGAAGGAAGCGCGGGGAUUCCUUCCUUCGCUCAGCCCUCAGGCGCGCGCCCCUCUACCACAAACGCAACCGUCCACCCUCAGCCCGACAGGUACCGAUCAAAUGGGACGUCUGGAGGGAAACCUUCAACGCCCACCAGUAGGCGCUCUCGACGUACCUCAACGCCCCCACCCCCUUCAAGAUCACCAGCUCCUCCUCCACCUUCUGAUGCUCCUACAGCGUCGCCUAUCCACCACAAAGUGUUCCGAAAGCUACGAGACACAAGUUUGCAACCGGAUAGUCAGACCAUUUGUUUCCGAGAAGAAGAGGAUCGUUAUAAGCUGGUGAUGGACGUGGAGGAGUACGUGCCGGGCGAGAUCGAGGUCCUUCAGGACGACAAGGAGCUGACGGUGAAAGGGCGCGUCGAGUUCAAGCACCGUGGGGGCAACACCACCACCAGGACCUUCCACCGAAAGUUCCACAUCCCCCGCAACUCUCGCGAGGAGGACAUUGAUUCUGCCUUGUCCAAAGAUGGCAUCCUCACGGUUUAUGUGCCUAAAAAGAAAGAACGGAUCAUCAAAAUAGAACUAACGGACUAGCAGAAGAGGGAAGCUCCCGCGAACGGUUCUGUACAUCACUUAGAAGCCCCAGGACCUCGACACAGCCUGUGAAUCGCUCUACUGUCAUGCACAUCCUUCAGUCGCCACCACACAGGAUCUGAUUAGAUACAUCGGAGUAUGCUAAGCGAUGCUCAAUUGUCAGCGAUGAGAAUAAGAUCACGUCCCUCAUUGAUGAUAAACACUGAUGGUUUAUCAUUGUCGUAAAUGAGCAAAGCUCACUGCAGGAGGGAAAAAAUAAUGCCGUGCACGGUUUAUAAAGUUCAUGGAGAGACAUGGCGUUUGCCAAUUACCUUGCCUUAGCACGGGCUGUUGAUAAGGUGUGUGACGAUUGAUAAGCAUAUAGAGGAGCAGAGGAAGGAGGGAAAAAAAGAAGGUACAGAAAUGGAAAAAUAAACCUGGGAGAAAUCGUAGAAGUGAAAACUAAACGUGCUCAAAGUGCAGUGGAGAGAGACCACAUACAAGUAGAUACUAAGGAACUUGAGUUUAUCUGUAUAUUUAUGUGAUUUUGUGAUAAUUGUAGUGCCUUGUGACACUCGGGAAAUGGUAUCCCAGAAUUUCUGGGUCAAGUAUAAAUUAUAUAACAGAUCGAAUGAAGAUUAUCUUUGUUGAAUGUGAUCAGAAGCUGUAAACAUUUCUAUGAGGAUAAAAUUACUACGUGGGCGGAUAUGAUUUAUUCUUAUUAUUAUGGUUAUUUUUAAUCAAUGCUGUUAGGUUUUAGGUGCCUUUUUAACGGAAGUGAACAUUGAUUUUAAUAAGUAGAAGUUACGAAACAGAUAUCGAAAUGAUGCUUUAUGACAUGUGGGACAAAAUAAUUUCUUUAACGGGAGUAGAGAUCGAUUCAUUGUGUACAUAUGCAUAUAGAAAGAGUAGACCAAUACCUUAAAUUUUUUUUCAUUAUUGUGUAAAUAAUCAAAUGCUCAAAAAGAAUUUUUUGUUUAUUUUUUCAAUCAAUCUGGUACCAGUUUCUCUUCUUCUGUCGUUUUUUGUGCCAGAUAUUCAAGUCAUUCAGUCAAGUUCCUUUCCUGCUUGAUUCACAUACGUUGUUCCUGGAUUAUCAGCUACGUUACUUUUAUCGUGAUAUUCCUCGAUAGGAAGGUCUUCCAGUCUUUAUAUAUUCAAUUUGUAAUUAUUACUUUAAGUAACUCGGUGGUACUUUGGCUUGUUAUCUACGCGUCACCUCCGAGGUAUUUAUAGUAGAUUCACAUCAACCGUGCAUUUGAUGUCUAGGAUCAAAGAUAUCAUUUAUUAUAUGAUCUGUGGUCCAAACAAUAUAGAAAUGGUUGUAUUUAUUUAAUACUUUGAUCCUAGAGGGACUAGAAUUAAACACGGCGUCCCAUUGAGCUUCCGCCACGUUUAGUACUAUAGUAUAUUCACAUCAACCUUGCAUUUGAUGUCUAGGCCAGUCCCUUACGACGCUCCUGAUUGGCUGUUGAUAAGCCAAUCACACGGCUGGAAACUCACAGUCUCUCUCGAGAGUUCACAUGGGUAGGAGCUAUGUUCCACCUCUCAUGAAGGAUAAGUCUUUCAAAAGUAUCCCUCAGAUGUGGAACAUAGACCCUGCCUAUGUGAACUCUCAAGAGAAACUGAGUUACCAGCCGUGUGGUUGGCUUAUCAACAGCCAAUCAGGAGCGUCGUAAGGGACUGGCCUAGACUUCAAAUGC